AUGGCCUCUAACCCCCCUGGCGCCUGCUGCGCCUCCGGCUUCAAGCACGAAGGCACUCCCAUCGGCGAAACUAAGAGCAUCGGAGGAACCGAGACCUACAUCGUCUACCCCAAAGGCAACCAGAGCCCAGAAAAGGCCGUCAUUAUUCUGAGCGACAUCUUCGGUAUCUACGUCAACGCCCAGCUCCUUGCCGACGAAUAUGCCGAGAACGGAUACUUGGCUAUCAUCCCCGAUCUUUUCCACGGCGACCCAAUCAAGCUCAGCGACAUGGAGAGCGGAAAGGCCGAUCUUCCCGCAUGGCUUCCUAACCACCAGUCCGCGGUUGUCGACCCCGUUGUUGAGGCAAGCAUCAAGUACCUCAGACAGGAGGUUGGUGUCAAACGCAUCGGUGCUGUUGGAUACUGCUUUGGUGGCAAGUACGUCUGCCGUUUCCUGAAGCCUGGCAAGGUCGAUGUCGGAUAUACCGCCCACCCCUCUUUCGUCACCGAGGAGGAACUUGCGGCCAUCGCCGGUCCCCUGUCGAUCUGCGCUGCUGAAAUCGACAACAUCUUCACAACACCUCUCCGCCACAAGUCCGAGGAGAUCCUGAUCAAGACCGGAAACCCCUGGCAGAUCAACCUGUACAGCGGUGUCACCCACGGCUUCGCUGUCCGUGCCGACCUGAGCAACAAGCACCACAAGUUCGCCAAGGAGCAGGCCUUCUGCCAGGCUGUGACCUGGUUCGGCCAGUACCUGUAA